CAGGUGUUCAUCCUGGGAGUCAGCUUCCACGAGGGCCAGCUGGUCAAGAAAGCCCUCGAGUCCUUCUACGCCCUCGGCCCAACCACAUCCGCCCGCAUCAUGGCCAAGUACUCGAUCCACAACCUCGCCAAAGUCGGCUCAUUAUCGCCCAAGACGGUCACCUCGCUCACGGCCGAACUGUCGCAAAUGUCUAUAGAAUCAGACGCAAGGAGACAAGUCCAGGAGAAUAUCCGGAGGCUGAAAGACAUUGGGUCGUACCGCGGUAGACGGCAUGCCAUGGGUUUGCCCGUCCGUGGCCAGCGGACGAGAACACAGACGGCCACGGCCAACAAGCUCAACAGGGUGGAUCGCAGGGCAUAG